AAAGGAUAAAUGGAUUUCCGUUGACUGCUCUUUCAUCACACGCAUGUCGAUACUCGCGAAGAGAUGAUCUGUCUCGAAACUCGACAUUUUAAUAUCAACCGAAUUUUAUUACUUAUUGUUGGUUUGUGGCCUUAUCAACGAACGCCAUUCGUCCAGUUUCAGUUGCUUUUAUUUUUUGGUACACUGACAACUUUUAUUAUAUUUCAAUUUACAACAUUCUUGACAUCAAAAUGUACUCCGGAACUUAUUCUGAAGGUUUUCUCUACUACCUUCUUUUUUAUAUGUUUGGCGAUUAAAUACAAUUCGUUUUGGAUUAAUGGCGACAUCGUAAGAAGUUUAUUGGAACAGCUUCAAGAAAUAUGUAACGAGUUGAAAGACGAGAAUGAAAUUGCUAUUAUAGAAAAGUACGGAAGCAAAGCAAAAUAUUAUACAACUGUACUUAUACUGUUUGGUUCUUUUGGUGAAUUUACUGCAAUUUUUAUACAAAUUUGGCCAUACAUUCAAUACUUUGUUCUACCUAAUAAUGGAUCUCGAGUAAAUCAUUCAUUAUCUAUUGUGACGGAAUAUUUUAUUGAUCAAGAAAAAUAUUUUUAUUUAAGCGUAUUGCACGGAAUAGCGGCCUGUCACGUAGGGGCUAUCGCGAUGGUUGCAACAGGAUCAAUGCUUAUUGCAUAUCUUCAACACGCUUGCGGAAUGUUCAGUAUUGCCAGUUACCGUAUUAAACAUGCAGUCAAUAUUUUACAAAAAGAUGUAAAAAGUGAGAGUAAAGUUUCCAAGGAGAUAAUUUAUGCCGUACAUAUUCAUCGUAAAGCUAUGGAGUUGGUAUAUAUCCGAAAAAAAAAAUGUAAUACAUAUGAUAACAAAUAUUUUUUUCAUAUUUCAAGAGUCACCGACUUUAUGAUAUCGAACUUUGAGGGAUCAUUUUUCUUCUUGAUAGCAGUUGGGAUAUCUUGUCUUAGCCUUAAUCUUCUUCGGGUUGCGUCGUACUCCGGUAAUAUUGAACAAAUUGUUCUACCCCUUUUAAUUGUUACCAUUCUUUACGUGUAUCUGUUCCUAUCCAACUAUACCGCGCAGGAAAUUAUAGAUCACAAUGAAUAUGUAUUUGCAACAGUAUAUAACGUUGAGUGGUACGUGGCUCCAAUACAUAUACAGAAAAUGAUAUUGUUUCUGUUGCAAAGAGGAACUAAAGCCUUUUAUAUGCUUCUCGGUGGAAUAUUUGUGGCAUCGUUGGAAAGUGCCGCUGCGUUGAUGAGUACUUCAAUAUCUUAUUUCACCCUUCUCUAUUCCUCGAAGAAAGACUAAGAAAUUAAUAAUAAUAACAUAAUUAAAAUAAUAAUUAAUAUGAAAGAAUCGGUUUUAAUAUAGGGCAAGAGGAAGUAAAAGUUGAAGAUAAAAGAAAAAAAUAUUAGGACUCCAACCUUGCAUUUUAGGUAGUAUAUGCUAAAAAAAUUAAUUCCACGGUGGAAGAAAAUUAUUUUAAUGAAGAAAUCAGAUAUCUAAAUUAUAAAAACUACAAAGUAUGAAGUUGACAUUGUGUGCAAUGUAAAUUCUAUUAUUCAGAUUUUGAGUUUGCAAAAUCUUUUUGUAAAUGUAAUAAAGUUGUAUGGAUCUAUUGAAUAAAAUGCAAAAGAAAUUUUCUUUGUAA